AUGCAGCACUAUGGAGUGAAUGGCUAUUCUCUUCAUGCCAUGAAUUCCUUGAGCGCCAUGUAUAACCUGCACCAACAAGCGGCCCAGCAAGCCCAACACGCGCCUGACUACAGACCCUCAGUGCAUGCCCUCACGCUGGCAGAGAGGCUGGCCGGCUGUACGUUUCAAGACAUCAUCUUGGAGGCCCGUUACGGCUCCCAGCACCGCAAACAGAGGAGAAGCCGCACAGCUUUCACAGCCCAGCAACUGGAAGCCCUGGAGAAAACUUUCCAGAAGACUCACUAUCCAGAUGUGGUGAUGAGGGAGAGAUUGGCAAUGUGCACUAACCUGCCAGAGGCUAGAGUACAGGUUUGGUUUAAAAACAGAAGAGCUAAAUUUCGAAAGAAGCAGCGUAGUCUGCAGAAAGAACAACUUCAGAAGCAGAAAGACUCAGAAGCCAAUCACAGUGAAGGCAAAGCAGACACGCCUGUGUUAGAAACACCAACUCCAACUCCUGAUGCAGACAAAUCUCUGAGCUUGCCAAGGGAGGUAAAUGCAGAGCUCAGCCUGACUCUCUCAGAGCAUUCAGCCAGCGAGUCAGCAGCUGAGGACCAGACAGACAAAGAGGAGGAAUUCAAGAUCUCACUGGAGGAGAACAAGGCAGAGAAAAGCCCUGGAGUGGAAAACAAGGUACUGAACAACAAGAGGACAAGUCCAAAAGCAGAUUCCCCUAUCAGCACCGCUGCCGCCGCAUCCUCCAGUAUGUCUCAGACCCAUUCCUAUUCGUCUUCUCCUCUCAGCCUCUUCCGCCUUCAAGAGCAGUUCCGCCAACACAUGGCAGCUACCAAUAACUUGGUCCAUUAUUCCUCCUUCGAAAUGGGGAGCCCUUCUGCCAUGCCAUAUUUGGGCAUGAAUGUCAACAUGGCACCCCUAAGCUCACUGCAUUGCCAGUCUUACUACCAGUCACUCUCCCACGCCCAGCAGGUGUGGUCCUCUCCAAUUCUUCAGGCAUCUUCCUCUCUUCCCAGCCUGAACAGUAAAACAACCAGUAUUGAGAAUCUUCGGCUGCGAGCAAAGCAACAUGCUGCCUCUCUGGGGCUGGAUACUUUACCAAACUGAGGGCC